GCCUGUCUCUCCCCUCCUCUCUGCCCAAUCUGUUACCCCCACCCGACGAACGAUCGCGCCCAGAUCCAAACAGCUGCAAAGUCUGUGAUCUGGCCUUCUCUGCGAUUAUUUAGGAGCUGACUGGCGGCAAAGCAACUGAUUGUCCUUCGUUCCUUGUCUGCCGGACCGCUCGACAUCGAACGCCUUAUUCCCCCGGCCGACGCGGUCAGAGUCAAUAAAUCUAUAUUCCAUUAAAUUGAGACAACCGAGUGUCUGAAAACGAUCUAAACCCGUCACAUUUUACCAUGGCGGAAGGAGAGGAAGACUUUUCCUCGCUUCCAUUGCCUGACCGGUUCACACACAAGAACUGGAAGGUCAGGAAAGAAGGUUACGAGGAUGCAAACAAGCAGUUUGAAAAGACACCGGACGAGUCAGAUCCCGUAUUCAGUCCGUUUUUACAAGAUCCGGCGUUAUGGAAGGGUGCUGUGGCGGAUUCAAACGUGGCGGCACAACAAGAGGGGCUUGCGUCCUAUUGUUCAUUUCUGAAAUACGGCGGCGCCCAAGCAUGUGUGAGGACACGGGGAAGCACGAUCGCCGCGAUUGUCGAAAAAGGCCUGCCUUCUACACGACCGGCAGCAAAGGCUAGUGCGCUAGAGGCCCUCUUACUUUGCAUAGAAUUAGAUAAAUCGGAGCCCGUCAUUGAAGAAAUGCUCCCGGCGCUUUCGCACAAACUUGCCAAGGUUAUUGCUCCCGCCCUCGCUGCGCUGAAGGGCAUCUUUCACAAUUAUGGAGCCAAACUCGUCGAUCCGAAACCAGUCCUCAAGGCUCUGCCGAAAGUCUUCGGGCAUGCAGAUAAGAAUGUACGGGCAGAAGCACAGAAUCUGACGGUAGAGCUGUACCGGUGGUUGAAAGACGCUAUGAAACCCGUUUUCUGGGGGGAUCUGAAGCCUGUCCAGCAGCAGGACCUCGAGAAGCUUUUCGAAGCCGUGAAACAGGAGCCCCCACCAAAGCAAGAACGAUUCACCAGAGCGCAGCAAGAGGCGAUGGCUGAAGCCAGUGCUGCACCCGGCGGCGAGGAAGAGGAGGGGCUCGCCGGCGAGGAAUACGUUGAAGACGAUGGUGGCGAGAUGGACGCAUUUGACCUCGCCGAGCCUGUAGAUGUCAUGCCCAAGGUCCCGAAAGAUUUCCAUGAACAGCUGGCCUCGUCAAAGUGGAAAGACCGAAAGGAGGCACUAGAUGCGCUGUACAACGCGUUUAAUGUCCCGAGAAUCAAGGAGGGACCCUUCGAUGAGAUUGUGAAGGGACUCGCAAAGAGUAUGAAGGAUGCAAACGUUGCUGUUGUGACCGUUGCCGCAAAUUGCGUUGAUCUGCUCGCCAAGGGCUUGCGCAAAGGGUUCGGCAAAUAUCGGUCUCUCAUCAUGUCUCCCAUCUUGGAGCGUCUCAAGGAGAAGAAACAAUCAGUUGCAGAUGCCUUGGGUCAGGCCCUUGACGGUGUAUUUUCUUCAACGGAUCUAUCUGAAUGUUUGGAAGAGACGCUGGAGUUCCUGAAACACAAAAACCCGCAGGUCAAACAAGAGACUGUCAAGUUUUUGAUUAGGUGCCUCCGCACGACGAGAGAUGUUCCGUCCAAAGCCGAAGUCAAGUCCAUCGCCGAUGCGGCUACCAAGCUUCUCACAGAAUCCAGCGAAGUCGUCCGAUCAGGCGCUGCUGAGAUUCUGGGUACGUUGAUGAAAAUCAUGGGUGAACGGGCAAUGAAUCCUUACCUUGACGGGCUUGAUGAUAUCCGGAAGGCCAAGAUCAAGGAAUACUUUGAUACGGCAGAGGUCAAGGCCAAAGAUCGCCCGAAGCCCAUUGUCGCGCCCCCGAAGCCAGCCAUUCCAGCAGCUGGAAAGAAAGUUGUAGGCGGAAAGAAACCUGCAUCUGGCCUGAAAAAGCCGACUGCUACUGCGGCACCACCGAUUGAAGAACCAGCUGCGGCGCCCCAGUCCAAACCAGCAGCUAAGGGAGUUCCUUCUAAGGCUGGAGGACUCCCGAAGCCUGGUGGUGGACUGACAGCACCAGGGGCGGCUCUCAAGAAGAAACUUGGCGGGCCUGGCGGACUAGCAUCCCCCCAGCGACGUGUUGUCUCACCUCCAUCAGAAGAAGCACCGCCCCCCGCUGCGCCUAAGUUCGGUCCUGGAAGAGGGCUCGCCGGCCGUCCUAUCGCCAAACCAACACCGGUACCAGAACCAGCUCCUAUCGCACCCCCUGCGACACCUCACGUCGGCGGUCUCGCUGCCAUUGAACGCGCAGAACUUCAAGAACUGCGAGCAGAAAAUGAGCGGUUUACAAAGAUGGUCGAAGAGUUACGAGCAGAGAGAAGCAAGUUGAACUUGCAGAUCACUGAGCUCCAGAACCAGAACGCCCAACUCAUUGAGGAUCAUACGCGAGAUGUGCUGGGCAUCAAGGCCAAGGAGACGCAGUUGGUCCGGGCACGCAGCGAUGCCGAAUCUGCCGAACAGAGCGUGCAGAAGCAACAACGAGAGAUUGACCGACUGAAACGUGAACUUGCGAGGGCCCUGCGGGCUACUGCGAUCAGUCCCCCCAAUACGAUGGCUGAUACUGCCAGCAUGGGGAUUCCCGAGAUGGGAUCCAUGUACCAGGACCCUAUUUCUCACGACAAUUAUUCUCAGCCUCGAAUGGGACUCCAUAUGGGAUCUCGAUUUGAGAGUGCUCGACCUCGGAGUUAUGUGUCGGCAAGCCCCAGCGAAGAGAAAGAGAACAACGGCCUGGAAUCACCCGGGUUCAGUAGCAGAGAAAGUGCGCUCGGACGACGCAAGCUGAGUCCAACGUUUGGCACUGGCUACUCCGGAAUGGGCAGCCCGACUCGAUCAUCGUUGCUGGGUUCAGGCAGUGCGUCUGGGGAAGAUCAACCUAGCCGGGUUACAGAACCGGCGGAGAACUGGAAGAGAGCCGCAGAGGUGACCAGCCAGUUGAAAGCAAGAAUCGAGCAGAUGAAGGCGAGACAAGGACUCAACCGACCAGCUGCCCAACGUUAAUGACCUACUAUGUUUUGUUCUGUCUCUAUUCCUACCUCUGCAUUAAUAAUUAUUCUUCCCUUUUCUUCUUUUUUAUUUUCUUACGUCGAAUGAAUGCUUUCGAUGGCGAGUGUUCUCCCGACCCAGCGUUGGCUGGCUAUUGGAAUUUUAUUCGUCAUGGCUGUCAAUACUCGCUGUUUGUCUCAUCUGUAGCCACCACCUGGGCUUGCUUUGGACGGAUGGUGCAUUUUCUGCUGGCACCUUGGAUGUAUAGAUUCCUUCUGUACCAUUUUCUUGUGAUUUUAUACGGUGUGAAAGGGGGUAAUGGCAAAACGGGAGGAAAUCAAUGUCGGGGUCAUGGCUCGGUUCAUCUCACAGGGUGGGCGAUUUCUCAAAUCAAAAAGACUGCAUCUCUUUGCCCGUACUUGCUUCGAUCAUAGAUCACUU